UAGGGCGGCGCAUGCGCAUGCAAGAGGGCUCCGAGCUGGGCCUGCUCCGAGCUGGAGCGGGUGGGAGCGGGCCCGCUGGGCACCAUGCUGUCACCCGAGGCCGAGCGGGUGAUGCGCUACCUGGUGGAGGUUGAGGAGCUCGCGGAGGAGGUGCUGGCCAACAAGCGACAGAUCGUGGACCUGGACACCAAAAGGAACCAGAACCGGGAGGGCCUGCGAGCCCUGCAGAAGGAUCUCAGCUUUUCUGAAGAUGUGAUGGUUUGCUUCGGGAACAUGUUUAUCAAGAUGCCCCACCCUCAGACGAAGGAAAUGAUUGAGAAAGAUCAGGAUCAUCUGGAUAAAGAAAUAGAGAAACUGCGGAAACAACUUAAAGUGAAGGUCAACCGUCUCUUUGAAGCCCAAGGCAAACCAGAACUGAAAGGUUUUAACCUGACGCCCCUCAACCAGGAUGAGCUUAAGGCCCUCAAGGUCAUUUUGAAAGGAUGAUUUUCAAGAACCAAGAUGGGGACCUAAGACCAUCAAUCCCUUCCCCAGGGUUAUGGAGGACCCUGGACUCUCCAAACUUGAAACCUAAAAGGACAGAAUCAACCCUGCAAGGGGACAUGCAUCAGGAAUGGGCCAUGGCUCCAGUAUGAAGCCUCUUUGUCUGUAGUGCUUGGCUGCUCUGAGACGGCAGGAAGGAACCCUCAGCCUGCCAGUGUCCGCUGGGCUUGACCACUGGGCCGGGUGGACACAAGACCCAUUGACAGCCCCCGGUAUCCACCAGUGGGUGGGUGGUGGCAGUGGGGGUGUGAGAAUGAACAUAGCAGCACUUCUGACAAUGGCCCGCUGUCCAGAUGGGACACGGCAGUGAAGAAGGGCAAGGGAAGAGUGGGAGCUUCAUUCCAGCAUUCCUCUCAGACAGGGAGACAUUUCCAAGCCGUGUGUGUAACAGAAUUGGAAGAAAACAAAGCGCACGAGUGGUUUCUGAAGGAAGGACUGAACCCUGUGCUUUGUGGUUCACCACAGCCAUCCACUCCCUUCCCCUCACACACACACACUGCCUCCCUUUGGCCCUUGUUUCCAGUUUGUGCCCCAGGACAGAGUCCAGAGUGGGUGCUGCUUAUCAGCGCUGUGUGCCUGCUCUUUUAGUCAGGAAGGCCUUGCAGCGUCCUGAACUGGUGGUGGGUGAGGAGCUGCCCCCGAACAUUCAUGUGCAUCCAGGGUGCCCUUCUCCUGCCUCUGAAGCAGGGCCUGGGCCAGCAUCUCCCGUCUACCUCCAGGGGUCUCGGGUCCCAUUGAGAACGUGCCGCGAGGGCAAUGCAGCGUCUUUCCUGUUCACUAAAUAAAUGUUGCUCAAUAAAUGUUACCCGGAUGAAUGAGUAGCAUCUUCUGAUCUUUACCUCACUCGGUCCUUGAUCGAGGACACCCUGUGCCCUUAGGAUACCACCUCUGAAGGGGCAGUGGUUCUUGUCUUGAAAUGAUACAGAUUAGACAGCAAGCGUUAAGAUGGGGAGGGCACACCUCACAUGUCUCCUCCACUCGGCUGCAGCUGGUAACUAUGGAAAGACCCACCGCUGUGAUCAGA